UGCCCUCAGUGUAGAAUGACCUUCACACCGAGGCCUGUCCUGGCGAAAAACAUCAUGUUCGCCGAUUUAGUGGAGGAGCUGAAGAAGACUGGACACCAAGCUGAUCCUGCUGAUCACUGCUAUGCUGGACCUGAAGAUGUGGCCUGUGAUGUCUGCACUGGGAGAAAACUGAAAGCUCUCAAGUCCUGUUUGGUUUGUUUGGCCUCUUAUUGUGAAAAACACCUCCUGCCUCAUUUUCAAUCAUCGCCAUUUAAGAAGCACAAGCUGGUGGAGCCCUCCAAGAAGCUCCAGGAGAACAUCUGCUCUCAUCACAAUGAGGUGAUGAUGUUCUACCGCACUGAACAGCAGUGUACCUGUUAUCUCUGCUUUGUGGAUGAACAUAAAGCUGCAGCAGAAAGGACUGAGAGGCAGAGAAAUCUUGGGCUGAGGAGACAAACAAUCCAGCAGAGACUCCAGGACAGAGAGAAUGAUGUAAAGCUGCUUCAACAGGUGGUGGAGGUCGUCAAUGAGAAGAUCUUCACUGAGCUGAUCCGUCUGGUGGAGAAACGAAGCUCUGAUGUGAAGCAGCAGAUCGGAUCCCAGCAGGAAACUAAAGUGAGUCGAGCCAAAGAGCUUCAGGAGAGACUGGAGCAGGAGAUCAAUGAGCUGAAGAGGAAAGACGAUGAACUGAAGCAGCUCUCAAACACAGAGGAUCACAACCAGUUUCUACACAAUGACCCCUCACUGUCACCACUCAGGGAAUCUGCACACUCAUCCAGCAUCAGUAUCCGUCCUCUGAGGUACUUUGAGGACGUGACAGCAGCUGUGUUACAGGUCAGAGGUUUACUACAGGACAUUCUGAGUGAGACAAAGACAAAGAUUUCACAGAUUGUGUCUCAAGUGGAUGUUUUACUGCCACACCCAGAGCCCAACACCAGAGCUGACUUCUUAAAAUAUUCACAGGAAAUCACACUGGAUCCAAACACAGCAAACAAACAUCUGUUAUUAUCUGAGGGAAACAGAAAAGUAACAGUAAUAAGUGAAGAACAGUCUUAUUCUAAUCACCCAGAUAGAUUCAAUUAUUUGUAUCAGGUCCUGAGUAGAGAGAGUCUGACUGGACGUUGUUACUGGGAGGUGGAGUGGAGAGGACGAGGAGUUGAGGUAGCAGUCGCUUACAAGAAUAUCAGCAGAGCAGAAGACACAUAUGAAUGUAUAUUUGGAUACAAUGAUAAAUCUUGGUCGUUAGAUUGUGAUAAAAACAGUUAUUCUGUUUUUUACAACAACAUCAUGACUCCAGUGUCAGGUCCUCCGUCCUCCAGAGUAGGAGUGUACCUGGAUCACAGUGCAGGUGUUCUGUCCUUCUACAGCGUCUCUGACACCAUGACUCUCCUCCACAGAGUCCACACCACAUUCACUCAGCCUCUCUAUGCUGGAGUUAGGGUUUAUUGUUAUGGAGUCACAGCUGAGGUGUGUAAACUCAAAUAGACUUGAGUCAUUAAA